GGGGCGCGGGACCAGAGGGUGGGGCGGGUGGCGGCGGUGGCAGCCCGAGGUCUGGCUGCGCGCAGUAUAUGACAGUACGUCAGCAGCGGGAUGGCCGUAGCUGUGGCGGUGGCUGCAGAAGCCCAAGCAGCCGCGGCCGCAGUGGAGGCUAGAGCCCGAGCGGCGUCGGCGUCGGCACCCCGGGGAGUUUAAGAUGGCGGCAGGGGGGGCGGCGGGUCUGCGGGAGGAGCAGCGCUACGGGCUGUCGUGCGGGCGGCUGGGACAAGACAACAUCACCGUACUGCAUGUGAAGCUCACCGAGACGGCGAUCCGGGCGCUCGAGACUUACCAGAGCCACAAGAAUUUAAUUCCUUUCCGACCUUCGAUUCAGUUCCAAGGGCUCCAAGGGCUUGUCAAAAUUCCUAAAAAUGAUCCCCCCAAUGAAGCGCAUACCUUUAACUUCUAUUUGUCAAAUGUGGGUAAAGACAACCCUCAGGGCAGCUUUGACUGCAUCCAGCAAACAUUCUCCAGCUCUGGAGCCUCCCAGCUCAAUUGUCUGGGAUUUAUACAAGAUAAAAUUACAGUGUGUGCAACAAACGACUCGUAUCAGAUGACACGAGAAAGAAUGACCCAGGCAGAGGAGGAAUCCCGCAACCGAAGCACAAAAGUUAUCAAACCUGGUGGACCAUAUGUAGGGAAAAGAGUACAGAUUCGGAAAGCACCUCAAGCUGUUUCAGAUGCAGUACCCGAGAGGAAACGGUCAACCCCCAUGAACCCUGCAAAUACGAUUCGAAAGACACAUGGCAGCAGCAGUGUUUCUCAGCGGCCAUACAGGGACAGAGUGAUUCACUUACUGGCACUGAAGGCCUACAAGAAACCUGAGCUGCUGGCUCGACUGCAGAAAGAUGGUGUCAAUCAAAAAGACAAGAACUCCCUCGGAGCAAUUUUACAGCAGGUAGCUAAUCUGAAUCCAAAGGACCUCUCAUAUACCUUAAAGGAUUAUGUUUUUAAAGAGCUUCAAAGAGACUGGCCUGGAUACAGUGAAAUAGACAGACGGUCAUUAGAGUCAGUGCUCUCAAGAAAACUAAAUCCAUCUCAGAGUGCUGCCAGCACCAGCCGUUCAGAAUCUCCCGUAUGUUCUAAUAGAGAUGCUGCAUCUUCUCCUCAGAAACGGCUUUUAGAUUCAGAUUUCAUCGAUCCUUUAAUGAAUAAAAAAGCUCGAAUAUCUCACCUGACAAACAGAGUUCCGCCAACAUUAAAUGGCCAUUUGAAUCCCCCCAGUGAGAAGUCUGCCGCAGGCCUCCUGCCUCCCCCUGCAGCUGCUGCCAUCCCUACCCCACCACCGCUGCCUCCAACCCACCUGCCCGUCUCCAAUCCUCCUCAGACUGUAAACUCUAACUCCAAUUCCCCCAGCACUCCAGAAGGCCGGGGGACUCAAGACCUACCUGUUGACAGUUUCAGUCAAAACAGUAGUAUCUAUGAGGACCAGCAAGAUAAAUAUACCUCUAGGACUUCUCUGGAAACCUUACCCCCUGGUUCAGUUCUACUAAAGUGUCCAAAGCCUAUGGAAGAAAACCAUUCAAUGUCUCACAAAAAGUCCAAAAAGAAGUCUAAAAAACACAAGGAAAAGGACCAAAUUAAAAAGCACGACAUUGAGAUGACAGAAGAAAAGGAAGAGGACCUUAAAGGAGAAGAGGAAAUUGCCAAGCUGAACAACUCCAGUCCAGAUUCCAAUGAAGGAGUUAAAGAGGGAUGCACUGCCUCCACGGAGCCUUCUUCAACAAUUGAACUCCCAGAUUAUUUGAUAAAAUAUAUUGCUAUCGUCUCCUAUGAGCAACGCCAAAAUUACAAGGAUGACUUCAAUGCUGAGUAUGAUGAGUACAGGGCCUUGCAUGCCAGGAUGGAGACUGUAGCUAGAAGAUUUAUCAAACUAGAUGCACAACGAAAGCGGCUUUCUCCAGGCUCAAAAGAGUAUCAGAAUGUUCACGAAGAAGUCUUACAAGAAUAUCAGAAGAUCAAGCAGUCCAGUCCCAAUUAUCAUGAAGAAAAAUAUAGAUGCGAGUAUCUUCAUAACAAGCUGGCUCACAUCAAAAGACUAAUAGGUGAAUUUGACCAACAGCAAGCAGAGUCAUGGCACUAAAUCUGCUUGGACCAGAAGAUGUGAAUAAACUUAAGCUUAUUUAUUUAAAAUUCCAAAUGAGUUGCUCUAAGAUUCUAAAAAAAAAAAAUGAAACUUUGCUUGUUGAAAGUUUCAGUAUUAGCAAACUUGAGUUAAUUUACUUUUAUUUUUCCCCCUUUUUACUUUGCUUCCCUGCAUUUUUGAAGCUGCUUUUUUCUGGUCCUUCUCCCCACCCCGACCCUACCCCCAAGACUUAUGUUUGUCAAUAGAAAUCAUGUUUUUUUAGACAUUGGGGAUCUGGUGUCUAUACUUCAAAUCAAUUUUUUUUUUAAACUUACAUUUGUCAUUAGAAAUGAUUUUUUUUUAGAUAUUGGGGAUCCAGUGUCCAUACUUCAAAGUUAUGUGUGUUUAAAAAAAAAAAAAAAAGUAAUGUGCAAGGUGAAAUGCUUUUGGAUAAACAUAAGCCUAUUUUCUGACCUUUCGUAAUGCAAACUCUUUGCCUUAAAUGGUAGAAUAUUUAGAAAUUUGCACAAAAUACAAAAAAAAAUUUAAACAUUGUUUUGGAGGGUUAAGAAAUAGAAAGGCAUAUGUGUAUGUGUACAAAUAAGCACACACAUAUGUACAUGCAGGCUGACUUGAUGUAGACAGUGAAUCUGCCCUGCAAGUUAACCCCCCAUUGCAAUGGUUGCCUUAAGGUGUUUGCUAGUUGUGUACAUAGUGUGGUUAAUCAUUAGCUACACUGCUUCCCACUUGGUUAGAGCAAUGGGAAGCAUACUGUGGCCUACCAGCGUCUGAAAGCGUGUGCUCGACCGGUAUGUGUGCAGAGGUGGUGUGGAUGUGAGCGUGCAUGGAGGACAAAAGCUGCUACUCUCAGUAGGCCAAACGCUCAGGUUAAACAACUGACGAGUGUUACUGUAGGGGUUGUUGUUUUUUUUUUGUUUUUGUUUUUUUUCUGUCAAAUUGCUACUUCUAUUGUGGAAGACAAAAGCAUUUCCAUUUCAACAGUUUGUCAGCUUUAUUAAUGUUGGGCAAAAUCAAUAUGUUAUGAAAAUGAAACAGAUCUAUAGUUUUGGGGCAAAAUUAUAAAAUUAAACAUGUAGGUAACCUAUUUAUAUACUGCUAUAAAGUAUUUUUUGAAGAGAGAUAUGCAAAGAAGCUAUUACCUACAAGAAAUGUAUAUUUAAAGAUUUUUUUUUUUUCCAUCCUGGGAGCCAGGAAUAUAAAAAAGAGCAGAUAUAUUUAACCAUAACAUACUGUGAUUCAUCAAACAGCACAAACUUUCAUUUCAUGGAGUUUAUCUGUUGACGUUGAUUUAAACUAUCAUUUGUUUUAUCAUGUGGGAACAUAAGUUAUGUGGUCAAAAAUAUAAGGAUUUUGAACUAAUGUUGAUUCAACUUGUGUUGUCUUACCGUAUUGUCUUUUCAAAGUGCUGCCAGUUGAAAAGGGAAGCAUUAUGUUUACAAAUCUGUUUUGAAAUGUUUGCCAAAAUUUUGGUAGUAUCUUUAAUAAAGAUGUUUGUCUCCAGCAUCCAAAAAAUAAAUAAAUAAAAAAUAACUUUGUUGUG